AUGGACAAGGAGGUGGGAGCAACUCAAAGCGAAUUAGACCUUGUGAAAGCAGCUGCAUGGGCAUGGUACCAGCACAGUUCAUGUUCCGGAGGCAAGCCGACCGUGAUCAGAGAAUUUAAUGCCACUCGAUCUCGACGAGCUUCGGGGCCUACACACUACAACUCGGAAGCCAUGAGAAACAACCACCACAUCGACAUGGAGACGGAGGGAUCGAUCCCUACCCGUAAUGCUCUCCUGGAUCCAUGCGAGAUCGAAAGCAUUUCUAAGCAACUGGAUCAGCUUAUCAAGUUGAGUGGGAUCAAAUUCUACGGGGAGCUAUUGAGGAUGGAUGCAGAUGAGAAAAAGAGAAGCAGGAGCAUGUUGAAAGGGUUCCUGCAAAGGCGUGCUGUGGUAUGCGGCAGAACCCCUGAUGUGGAGGAAACGGCCCUAAGACCCCAAAACCAUAUGGCUGCUGCUGCUAAUAGGGUUAACGGCAAGCCACGAGCAUCCCACGUUUGGUGA